CUUGUUUUACAUACCUUCAUGUGAAGAUCAUUCCACUUUCAAGAUCAACAUACAAAGCAUGGCGCGUUUUGAACGUGCAUCACCAGCAUUGAAGGAGAUUCUGCUCAGAUUAUACCGAGAUGAAAGGGCUAUUGAUGCCGACCAUCACCUUCAUGAGUUUGGGUCCGUUGAAUAUUACAUUCAGUCAUUGGUGUCAGAUCCCGAUCAUACCUACUUAUCAAUAGCAACCCCAAUUCUGUCUCAAGCAUUCCUGGUCUCAACUCGUCUUUCACGUUACACUAUACAGAAGGUAAAGGCUAUCAGUGCUGAAGUUGUGGAGAUUGUUGAGCCUCCAAAAGAAGGAUAUCAGCUGACUAUACGACUCAAUUUUGGUAGAAUGCCGCAUGGUAAAGAGGCUAUAAAAAUGAUAACAGACAUUGCUGCUGUGCAAGGUGUAAUUCUGAGUUCUCAGCUGGAAGAAAUGCUGAUGAAUGUGAAUUCACAAGAUGUGGCUCAAGGGAUGUACAAACCAAUCAAACUUGUUUAUCACCCAAGAGAGCCGUUUUAUGUCAUAAAACAGCCCCAGAAAAUCACCGCAGUAUUCCCAAUGCGUUUCAAGGAGAAAACAGAUGUGAUUAUAGCAACAGCUUUCUUCCAGGAACUCAUGGAUGUUGCAAAUACAAAAUCAUGUGCCAAGGCACCCCAUUGCAUCUGGUCCCCUAUUCCACCUCCUGAGCUAAGAGGAGAAGCAAUUGAAGACUUGAGCACAAAUGGAGGAUUUGUCUCUUUUGAUAUCACUUCACGCCAUAUUGAAGGCAAAAGGCUAGACAAGACGGUGUGGAACCUUCUGAACUUUUAUGCAUUUGUGAAAAAUCAUGUAAAGACCACUCGAGGAUUCAUACAAAGAAGGAUGAGAACAUGUCUGCAAAGCCUGGUUGAGGUCUUACAGAAAACAGAACCUCAAGAUGAGCAACAGAUUAAAGAGGUGAAAGGAUACAAGCACAUGAAAAAGUUGGUAAAGUUCACAAAAUUCAAAAUAAUCAGAUAUAGAAGUGAUUUCACCAGUAAACUUAAAAGGAUUCGUUCGAGAUUAAAAAUCCAUGGGUUCAACCGUUUUCGUCGAAAAUGGUUGACAUUCCCCAUCUUCUCCUCCAAGACAAAAUACAGAAAGCUGGAAAAAGAUAUUUCUCUUCAACACAAUUAAUAGAUUUUGCUUAUGGUCAGUUUUGCUGAAAAGGGACAAACAUAUCCUUUAAUCAGGAUAGUUGUUACACUCUACGAUGUAAAACAUCUUUCUAUUUGUCUUUCUCAAAUGUUGUCAAUACAUAUAGAUACUCAUGUACCAUGUACAUUGUAAAAAUAUUCAAGUACAAUAAACGAGUAGUUUUUUUAUACUUCUAUCACAGAUUAAACCCAGAUUUGCAUA